UGUUAUGCAAAACAGCCAAGGAGACCUGGAUGCGAUGCAAACACUCCCCUGAGCCUUCUGCAGAAAGCAUAGAUCCGCUCUCUCCUCCAGAGCACACACACACACACCUUUGCAUGUUUUACUCUUAAAACAAUCGUUUGCAUCAAAAAAACCAGAAAAAAACCACAAAAAAAAGAGACCCAACAUGUUCGACUAUCUGGAGUUUCAGGCGUUCGGACCUGGAGAGAUCAUGGACUUGUACGCGUCCACAUCCAGCCCCGCAUCAUGCAUGCUGCAGGAGCAGGAGCAGGAGCAGGAGCAGGAUCUGGCAGCCUUCUUCCCGGAGCUGAUCGAGGCGGACUGGCAGCAGCACCGGUGCUCGCAAUCCGUAGAAAGUCAGAGCUCCAGUUCCAGCUCAGACGACCUGUUCACCAGCCCCGCCUCCCCACCGCCGCCUCCUCGCACGUACAAGCCCUGUUUCGUGUGUCAAGACAAGUCCUCAGGCUACCACUACGGGGUCAGCGCCUGCGAGGGCUGCAAGGGCUUCUUCCGCCGCAGCGUGCAGAAAAACAUGGUGUACACUUGCCACCGAGACCGAAACUGCAUCAUCAACAAGAUCACAAGGAACCGCUGUCAGUACUGUCGGCUCCAGAGGUGCAUCGCUGCAGGAAUGUCCAAGGAAUCGGUGAGAAACGACAGAAGCAGCCGGAAGGGGAAGAAGGAGGCGGUGAAGAUGACCAUCAUGGAGACGUACGAGCUGACGGCGGAGCUCGGCCUGAUAGUGGAGAAGAUCUGUCGGGCUCACAGAGAGACAUUCCCCUCUCUUUGCCAGCUGGGGAAAUACACCACAAACUCCAGCUCAGACCACAGGAUCCAGUUGGACCUCGGGCUGUGGGACAAGUUCAGCGAGCUCGCCACCAAGUGCAUCAUCAAGGUGGUGGAGUUCGCCAAGCGAGUGCCGGGUUUCACCGGUCUGACCAUCGCUGACCAGAUCACUCUGCUCAAAACCGCCUGCCUGGACAUCCUGAUCUUGAGGAUCUGCACUCGCUACACUCCCGACAAGGACACCAUGACCUUCUCCGACGGGCUGACCCUGACCCGCACUCAGAUCCACAACGCCGGAUUCGGACCGCUGACGGAUCAGGUCUUCACAUUCGCCGGCCAGCUGCUGCCGCUGCAGAUGGACGACACAGAGAGCGGCCUCCUCAGCGCCAUCUGUCUCGUCUCUGGAGACCGGCAGGACCUGGAGGAGCCGUCUAAGGUGGAGGUGCUGCAGGAGCCGCUGCUGGAGGCGCUGAAGAUUUACUCCCGCAAACGGCGGCCCAGCAUGCCGCUGAUGUUCCCCAAAGCCCUCAUGAAAAUCACCGACCUGCGCAGCAUCAGCGCCAAAGGAGCGGAGAGGGUGGUGACGCUGAAGAUGGAGAUCCCGGGUUCGAUGCCGCCUCUGAUCGAGGAGAUGCUGGAGGACCUGCAGGAGCUGGAGAAACACUCCGAGGAGGGCGGAGUGAAGGCAAACAGCAGCCAGCACACACACACAUCAUCUCCUCUCAGCACAUGAAACUCCUCUGACUUCUCACUCUGAACAUUGUCUCCCGU